UUCUGCUCACCUUUGCAUUGUAUUUGUGUGUUGCAUCAUUAAAACCAUCAUCAUUUCCAGAAAUAUSGUUUCUGGUUGGUUUGAUUUUCAGGRACASSAGUUGGUUCCUGCAGGAUCUCAGCCUGCAGGAGGAUCCAGUCACAACUUGGAGGAUCCUGCAGGUGGCGUCGCCUACGCCUCCAUCAGCUACACCAAGAAGUCCAGCAGAAACACCAAAGUCACUAAUGAUGAUGAUGAUGAUGAAGGCACAGUGACCUACAGCACAGUGAAACCUUCAUCCUCAGCUCUUGAUUCCUGAUAAAAAAUGGAGAUGAGACGGUGACCUUCAGCUCUGUGAAAGCUUAUUUCUCUUCUUCUGCCCCCAUCGAUCCAAACAUCCUCUAUGAAAACAUCAAGAUUAAUCAAGACAAUUUUUUUUCUCUUUUUGCACUUUUGAUGAGAUAAUAGAAAUAGACAUAAUAGACAUAAGAUWUAAGAAAACCAUAAAAACAUAGAUUUCCGCAUAUUAUGUAAAACUACAUUUAAUCACCUUUAGCCCUCACUGUUUCUGCUGACGUCCACAAGGGGGAGCUGCCUGUAGAUCCAUCUUUUUAAGUUAGAGAAGGAAAACAUUAAAAUGUUUCAAACUGUUUUUGUCUGUAAAUUACAUUUGUUAGAACAUAAAUAUAUCCAGUAAUCAUUUCAUGUGGAAUAUUGUUCAGGAAGUAAAUAUUGAGUUGCAAAAGUAGAAAAAUGUUCAUAUUUACAUUUUAAGUAAACGUGUACAUUUUUAUUAGCCUUUUUCCUGAAUAACAUGUAAACAAUGAUUUAAUUAUAAAUUUCCACUUGUCCUAAGCAUGUUCAGUUUUUUUACACUUGUUGCUUCAGGAAUCCCAACAUCUUUUCUGAACAUGACAAACAUUAGCUUUUAGUUUUUGCUAUUUUACUACUUUAUCUGUUUAUUGAACGUACAAGGAAGUGAUUAUUAACUGUUAUAUCACUGGAACCUCAAUGAUCACCUGCAAAGCCGUCCUGAUGGCUCCAGCAUUCAAGGCAGCCAUGUUGGAUUUUGAGGUCAGUGUCGGUAAACACAUCUGACCUUAACUUGGAUUUCUGACUUCAGGCUCACCUUUAGAGCCUAAAGCCUGAUGAUUUGAAACAAAGUGGCUGCUGUUGUAGUUUCAGUUGAUAGGAGCUGUUUUUGUUUUGCAUUAACUGUAAGAAAAGAGGAAUGGAGAGGAGGAGCAGCCCUUAAAACACCAGCUGGGGCUAGAAGAGUAAAACCAAAAUGAAGAAGUGAAGUCUAAAAACAGCAGGAAGUAGAGACAUCGUGCUUUAAGAGCGUCGGCUCAGAGAGCUAAACAGGAAAUAAAGAGACGAUGAAGCAGAGAGGAGCAGAGGAGGAAUCCAGAUGGAGGAAAAUCUUUUCAUUUUUCAUCCUGAUGCUGCAGUUUGCAGGAGCUCAAAGCGGAGAUCUUUUUAUGCCCCUCGCUGUCAGAGCUGGAGAUGACGUCACUUUGUCCUGCGAAAAUGUGGCUGAUGGUCACAGAAACUGCAACACCACAAACUGGACAUACAGCCAUUCAAGACAAUCAGCGGCAGUAACACUGGUCGAACAUGGAAAGAUUAAAGAUGGCCGCUCAGACAGACUGAGUGUUUCUGCAAACUGUUCUCUGGUUCUAAAGAAAGUCACAUCUGAGGAUGUUGGUAAGUACACCUGCAAACAGUUGAGAUCAGGAAGACACUCGGGUCCAGAUGCUGUGGUUCAACUCUCUGUUGUUAACUUGACUGAACAUGAGGAGCAGCACAGGCGGACAUUACGCUGCUCUGUGUCGACGUAUGAAAGGUGUAAACACAGAGUCAAAUGGCUGCAUAUGGGUAUCAGUUUGGAUAAAGAAAACCGAGAUAUAAAGGAAUCAUCAACUUCCUGCUCUGCUGCCGUCACCUUCAAAUCGUCUCUUUAUGUCAACCAAUCAAGUUUGAACUCAUUCAAGUGUGAAGUGAAGUCAGAAGAUGAAGGUGAAGAGCUGAAGCUUUUCACUUUCAGCUCUCAUUCAUCAGUGAAAAGCACAACAGCAGUGACAGAAAAUCCAACAGUGUCAUCAGGAGAGUCAUUUAGAAAAACAUCACCCAACACAAAACCAGAAACAAAGACAGGUGCCGCAGAAAAAGGUUUGCUGUGGUUAUACGUCGCUGUGGCUCCAGUCACUGUGGCCUUUAUAGCUGUUUCUGUGUUCAUGGUGUUGAAGAGAAACAAAGGGAACAGAAUCCAACAAAAGUCAAACGAUGUUGAUCCUGACGGCGCCGUUUCCUACGCCUCCAUCAGCUUUAAGAAAUCCAACCGCAGCAGCAGCAGCAGGAUUAAAAGUGAUGAUGAAGGAGAUGUAGUGACAUACAGCACAGUGAAAACUCCCUCCACUGAUCCCAGCAGCUCCUAAGCUUCAAUCAAGACGCCAAACAAACCAGCAGUGUUGUAGUACUCGAGGUCGGUCUUGGUC